AAACCUCGGCAGGGUUUGUUUUGGUUGCCAAAGGUUGACCUCUUUCCCCUUUGCAUCGUGAGCUCUUCCGCCCACCAACUGCAAGAAAGCAGAAGUCGUCUGCGACCGUUCAGCUGACCGAUCGCGGAUUCGUCGUCUGCAAAAAAAGUGGUGCAAGUGCCAGCGACCGCUUACCUGUACACUGCACCUACUUUGAGAGCUCUCGCCAUUUAUAUUUAACGCUGCCGAAAAAUGCGGUAUUUUUCACUUUGUCCCUAACCCUCCGGAGAACGCUGAUCGCGCAGGAUGUCCAUCGCAUGCAUCUGAGCUUGGUCUACGUCAUUCAGAUGGAGAAGUUUGAUUAUUUGGUCGGUGUGCGAUGAAUCGUGCUUCCGUUGAUGCAUUCGGAAAGGGUGUCGUUUGUUUCGUUCGACGCUGCUGUCAAAUCCCAUCGUCUGCGAGGUCGGGUGACCUCUGCAGUUCGUUCUCUAUUCAUGCGUCAGGUGCGUAGUCCCCGGGGGAGCAACGGCGGCGGAGGCGGCAGGAUGAUGGCAGCCACUGCAGCUGCGGCUGCCGAAGGGGGCAUGCGGCUGAGUGGACACACCCUGGACAAGGCCACCAAGGCCAAGGUGCACUUGGAAAACUACUACUCCAACCUUGUCUCGCAGCACAUGGAACGCAAAAGCAGGCACGAAAGGUUGGAAGAAACGAUGAAGGAAGAAGGUCUCUCUGAGGAACAGAAGAAAGAGAAGAGGAUGCAGCACUCGCUGAAGGAGACCGAAUUCCUGCGGCUGAAGAGGUCACGGCUAGGUGUGGAGGACUUUGAGCCCCUCAAGGUGAUCGGCAGGGGUGCCUUUGGUGAGGUGAGGCUGGUUCAAAAGAGGGACACUGGCCACGUGUAUGCCAUGAAGAUCUUGCGCAAGGCUGAUAUGCUAGAAAAAGAACAGGUGGCGCAUGUGAGGGCGGAACGGGACGUUCUGGUGGAGGCGGACCACCAGUGGGUGGUGAAGAUGUACUACAGCUUUCAAGAUGUCAUGAACUUGUACCUCAUCAUGGAGUUUCUGCCAGGAGGUGACAUGAUGACCUUGUUGAUGAAGAAAGACACCUUGUCCGAAGAGUGCACCCAGUUCUACAUAGCAGAGACAGCACUUGCCAUAGAGUCCAUUCACAAGCUGGGCUUCAUACACAGGGAUAUUAAACCAGACAACCUCCUCCUCGAUGCUCGAGGCCACAUUAAAUUAUCCGACUUUGGACUCUGCACGGGGCUCAAGAAAUCGCAUCGGACGGAGUUCUAUCGAGAUCUCUCGCAGGCCAAGCCUUCAGACUUCACAUCAAAUCCAAUGGACUCGAAACGGAGAGCCGAGAGCUGGAAGAAAAACAGAAGGCAACUCGCAUACUCGACAGUGGGUACACCAGACUACAUUGCACCUGAAGUGUUUGUUCAGACAGGGUACAGCAGCUCCUGUGACUGGUGGUCUUUGGGAGUCAUCAUGUACGAGAUGCUCAUAGGUUACCCACCGUUCUGCAGCGAGACGCCGCAUGAAACCUACCGCAAAGUGAUGAACUGGAGGGAGACGCUCAUCUUCCCGCCCGAGAUCCCCAUCUCGGAAGAAGCCCGUUUGUUAGUGCAGGGCUUCUGCUGUGAAGCCGAGAAGAGGGUCGGAUCUCAGGGAGGCUUGGCACAUAUACGACAGCAGGCGUUCUUCCAUGGUGUAGAUUGGGAACACAUACGCGAACGUCCGGCAGCAAUUCCGGUAGAAGUGAAGAGCAUCGACGACACCUCCAACUUUGACGACUUCCCAGACGUCGACCUCAAGAUACCAUGCGCACCUCCAGCCACACCAAACAAGGAGAACUCCGAAGUAGGUUCCAAGGACUGGGUGUUUAUCAACUACACUUUCAAGCGGUUCGAGGGGUUAACGCAGCGUGGAGUGAAACCCACCAAGAAGUGCUGACUGCAGGUGUGAUAGCAGCACAGCCAUUGUGAUUUUAAGAAGCGCAACACUUGUACAUAAUUCGCGGAACGGAACACUUUGUUGUGGCAGGAGAAAGGAGCCUUUUUUUUUUUCUGGACUUCCGUUGACCGGAGGCAAAGGAAUGGUUGGUGACUAUGAGUGUGGUGAUCGUGAGCGAUGCGCUGCGCCUUCAUGCAGCCCGUGGUUAAGGGAAUGGUGAACUGUUGUUGGCUUCUUUUUUUUUUUUUUUCUGUUGUCACAGUGUCCUCUGUUUGUUGGCGUUAGUUAAUGAAGCAAGUCCUUUUUCUCUUUUUUUUUUGCAGUGGGCGAUGUGAUUUGUCAUCUCGCAUUCCGGCGUAUCUUGCGUGAAGCGGUGAAUUAUAGACGUCAGUUUCUUUUUACAAAUUGUUUAUUUCAGAAGAAAAUGUACAAUUUUGGGUAGAAUCUCCAGGUGUAGUGUACCCAAAUGCACCUUACCCCAGUGGAACAGGGCAUUGAAAGGCCUACUGGUAUGAUGUACUGGGUGCGUGUGUAUAGAGAACUUUUGAUGAUUUAAUGUCGGAAGGCAUUACAUAGGAGCUUAUGGUGCAUGGUUUGUAGAUGAAAAAGAAAACCUUGCCAGUGUACCAGUGUAUUUUGUGUAAAAUCUUCAAUAUUCAGUAACAAGAAAAAAAAAAAAAAAUUUGUAGCAUCAUUAUUGUAAUCAUUUUAAGGGCAUUCUGUCUCUUCUUUCUUUUUGCAUGUACUUAAUAAUCUAAAUUCCACUCACUGGUGUAGAUGGGCAAGGGCAGAACUCCCCCCUCCCCCCUUCCCUAUGACAGAUCAUUGGGUCACGAUAAUUCGUGGCUUUACGUUGGGGGACAACAAUGAUACAAAAAAUAAUCCGGAAAUCAUGCACCAGGGGUUUGCAAGAAAAUAGACAUUUUAAGCUCUCGAAAUCGUCCACUACGGUAUCGAUGCCAGCUAUUCUGUUAGAAUUUGGGUAAUCGCUCUCUCUUUUUGUUUUCAGUUCAGAAAUUUCAGUUCACAAGGUUAUCAUAGUGUGGCUUCAGUGAAUAUGAUAUAGCAUGAGUUUAGGGGAGUUCUAGAUAUAGAUAGCGGUGUCUCCGCGAUAAGUGUAUGUGGUAACUUUGUGUUUCCUGCCUUACCAGCCUAGAGAUGAACUUCAGGUUGGAUUUCUGCUCCCAGUUAAUAGCGAGACCUGUUAGAAACAGCACUGUACAGAGACAACCCUGCCUCACGGCAGAUCAUUUGGGGGCUUGCAUGGCGACGUGUACAUAGUGGAAGUAUAUGUAGUGAAGUUGGAUGCUUAGCUUAGUUCUCAUUGUUUUAUUUAUUCCUGCAGAUUUAAUGCCAUCGUCUUAGGUUCUUCGUGAGCGUUUGUGAUGAUUCUGAGGGCUUUCUGCCAAUGUUUAUAUUCUUAGCGGACAGCUUCUCUUGCGUUGCGUGGGGCAGAUGGUAUGUGUACAUUCUUCAGUGGGCAGCCUCGUAAGUUAUUUUGCCAUUUGAGCUGUGGCUGCAUGCAUUUGUUUCAAGCACUGGUAUAGAAGAUUGUUUUUAUUUCUUUUUUUUUUUAAUCUGACAACAUAACAGGUGGAGAUGUGCAUUGUGUUCCACAAAAAUACAGGAAAUGUGAGAAAUCACAAGUUAAUCUUCCUUAUGUGUCCUUACGUUGAGCAUUAUUGUAAAAAAAAAUUUAUAGUUCAGUUGAUUCUGAUAGUUGGAAUAAGUUUCUCUGGAAGCAGUAUCUUAAAAGCCAUGGGGACAGUUUGUAAAGCUGGGCACGAGAAGAUGUACGAAGAAAUUAAUGUGUGAUACGUGCGCGUGUCUUAAGAAGUACGACUUGUUCAGGUUCAUGGAAUUUGCGGGAGACAGCUCCUUGGCUUUGGGGCGUGUCUUCUCAAUUCUCCAUGUAGAGAACUUGGUAUCUAAAUUUUCAACAUUUUGUUCUCUAAUGUUGAGUUAGUGUAUGAAGCUUCACUCUUGAAAAAUUGGUGAACAUAGUUGUAUUUCUGAUUAUAUUUAUCAAAAUCAUAGCGUACCUCAUGCAGAUAUUGAAAACUAUAAAAAUAACAAAUUACUGUGAAGCGUAGAAAAUUGUUUUUCCAGAGUUGGGUUAAAUUUGUUCUAUUGCAUCUGAGUAAUCUCUAUUUAUGCUGUACCGCUGACACAACAGGGUUUUCAGAACACCUUUUCACACCCAAUGCCAUAAGAUGGCCAUGAAUGUCCAAUUGAUAUAUGUUAAAGCCCGAGGAGAGAUUUGGUCUUCCGGAGGCAAGGAUGACCAUAUUAGUUUUCGUUUCGUAUAUCAAAAUUUCAUUGACUACAGUAUGGGGCAGGAUAAUACAAAUGUGAUUGUUUCAAUGAGCAAACUAGUUUGCUGUGAGAACAUGAUACAGUCUCUCCCGUACAUUCAGCUUGGAUGCUUACAUUAGAUAUUGGAUAGAGUGAGGUUGCUUUAUCUGUUCCUUUGUUUUGUCUCUGUGGAACACCCCAUUAUCCGUGCAUUCACAUGAGCGGCGUUCCCCAGAAUAUUCCAGUGGAAGAUGCGCAAAAUGUCAUAGGUUUCUACUGCCAUGCAACAUCAUGUCUUUUCGUGCUCUUCUAACGAUGAGGGAUACCAUCCUGCUGCUCUGCCACAAGAUAUUCCGUAGCAGACGACAGGACGAUUGUGUCGUCUGCUAUGCGCACAGUACGCAACUCCCGAUAUGUGUGAAUGCUCACCGUAACACGUGGUGGAACGUCUGCCCUGUGAGAUGUUCAUGCUUUUCCUUCACUAGAUUAUUCAGUAAGGAUGUCGCUCCUGUGAAUACAAGGUAUAUCACAAAGUGUGCAUCUGCCACAAAAGACAGUACACGUAGAUGCAGUAUUUAAUUGUGUCGCUUGUGACACUGAUGGAGUUGCAGCUCAGGAGAGAACAGGUUGUGUUUGGGAUGAGUGUGUAUGUGAGAGAAUGUCUGGAAGAAUUGUUGGCAGUGUUUUACCGAUAUGGGGCAAAAGCAAUAAACAAGGCAGUGUUAGUUA